GAGACUAGACGUCUGUAUUAAACAGUUAUAUUUCUACAUACACCUGCUGAUUUAUUUUAUUAUGGAGUGUUGUUUUGAUCUGUGGCCACGAACUCACACGUAAUACUUCGCGUACAUCAAAACACAAUCUAUCUACUGAUCAGUACAAAUUGUACUAUAUUAAACCUUUCUACGGUGAUAUUUUUAAAAGACUUGAUAUGGAGACUGCGGUCUUUUGGGGAAAUACCGAAAAUAUAAUAUAAAGGUUUGAUAGAAAGCUUGCGGUUUUUCACGAAUAACGGCCCAAGGUUGCGAUUCUGUCAAAAACCGUUCUUAGUGAGCAUCUAGGAGUUUCAAGAAUAAUGUAUGUCCUAGACAGUAUUGCUUUCACUGCACAAGUAACAAGAGUCAGCCUUAAUCCCAAACACGGGCUUAGAGGGUUAUGUUGCUUUUGCAAAAAGAAAUAGUGCCUGAAACGAGGUACCAGAAGGACCAUUAUGAUAACAGCAAGUCAUUCAGUAAACUAUGAUUCCUUUACAGGAUACAUAAAGAAUUCAAGUAACCAGACCAUGAACAAAAGAGGGCGACUCAAAUACCUGACAACAAAAUGUGAGAUUGAUUUACAAAAACAUGAAAGGCAAUGUCCUAAAAACCCUGGCCACACACAGUUUAUACCUGCUUAUACCUUUUGCUUAGAAAAUCUACCAGAAGAUUACAGAGAUGUUGAUUUGUAUGAAUACAUCAAAUCUGCAGCUUACCUGACUGUUAGAAUAGGAGCCCCUGUGACAACGAAUAAACCUAUACAUUGUCUAAACAGCGAGGUUUCUUAUGAGCUCUUCACAGAAGAAAAUCUGGAUUAUUUGACAGGAAGUGGAAUGAUCGUUGGGAUUGAGAAGCAGACUUGUAGAUCAUGCCCUUGCAAAAAAUGUAGUUCUUCAAAGCAACCAAGUCCAAAUUGGUGGAGGCUAUACGUGCUUACAGCAGCCCAUGUUAUCUGUGACGAGAACGCAGCAAGCUACACAACCUUAAGGUUGUUUUUCGAUCAACCAAUUAGUCCAAAAGAAAUUCUAAAUGAUGUGCAAGUUUAUAGAAAAGACUUGCAUUACGACUUGUGUGAACUGUGCUGUUUGACAUGUGACUCUCGGCUAGCCAAUAAUCUUGAAGGGAUGAUCACAAAAUAUAAAAAAUAUGCAAAUGAGAUUCUACGAUAAAGACUUGAAACACUUUUGUUUCAUAGUCUCUCACCCUCACGGAUAUUCAAAACAAAUUAGCAUUGGCUCGUGGGAGCAGACACACAGGCUGGGGAAAUACGAUCACCAGUAUAUCUACAAUACGUGCACCUGCCCUGGAAGUAGUGGCGCCGUUGUCCAUUGUGUGGGCCACAACUGGAGGUGGAAUGUCCAUUGCGGUGUACUCAAUUCAGGACGAAACAUUAGCAGCAUUGGCCCUGUCCUAGAGCCAUAAACAUGCAGAGUGAUGAUCUAUAUUCUUUUUAAUUAAAGUUGAAUGCUUUUAUCUUUCAUUACGUGCACUAUUAUUACUGUCAUUAAAAUAAUGUACACUUCA